UCUGCAGACAAAAUUGUGCUCCCUCUCUAAUAUUUUAUACAUGCAUUUAUUAAUUAUUUCCCUCUUGCUUGUAGAUGACCAAGGCCCUAUUUGAGAAGCCAUACACUACCCAUAGUAUUAGAAGGUCAGCUGCACGCUGGGCAGCCAGAUGUGGUGCUGAUGAUAGCACAAUCAAAAGGGCUGGUCGCUGGAAGUCAAGCAGCUUUGAAUUUACACCCAAGACGCAAGGGCAGAAAUGAUUACUGAGCUUCAUGACGACAAUCCAAGCCAGGACCAUCUACUGUGGAUGCUCAAGCCCCUACUGUACAUAUCAUAGCCAUCAUCAAAUGCUAUCCUACAUGGAAGGACAACCAUUCAAACCAUGAACAAUAAAAACCCAUUGAGGCGUUGUACUGUAAAUGGAUGUUCUGAAUUUCACACCAGAUUUGACAGGCAUCUACCACAAGCCCAUGGCAUUGAGACGGGAUGUGCGAAGUACAAGCGACUCAUAAAAAAAGCAGUGAAAAUGUAAGACACAGUCAAAUAAUAUACAGUAGUACUAAGACCAAAAACCCUUACUGCCAAUACCACCCUCGGCAUUUCUGGGUUGUCCCACAGGUAAAUAGAUGUGACAGAGUCACUAAACAUAUAUUUCCUAGCAAAGGUGAGGUGCGACUUAAUAAACGUUUAGGAAUGUAGUUUCAUGUUGUUCGACAACAUGAAACUACAUUCCUAGUUACACUAGCCUGCGAUAAAGUGAUUAGUGAGCGCAGUAUUUAAUCAACUUCUUUUCGGUGAAUUACGUUUGAUCUUGAUACAAUUAUCACAAGCAAUUCGAGUGCAGGACAUCCCUUCCGCCACCGCAAAGGAAAAGGCGUAUUUUGACAAGUAAGUGGUAGAAUCUAAAGAAUGUUGUCCCACGCAUCAUAGAGUGAUAUAAAUAUGGGUGCGUUUUAGAUAGUUUUUUAGUUGUGAAUGAGUUGCGAUAUUGGAAGGAUUUCUACUUGGAUUUACGAAGACUAAAGAACGGCUGCUCGAGGUAUGUAGAGUUAGCUCUAUUCGUUAGGAGUGUUGUAGUUAGUUUAAACCCUUGACCUAGAUGUCACUAUUUCGAUUCAGUGUGUGAUCGCUUUAUAAUGUUUAGUAAUUUUCAUGUUGUUUACCGUUACAACUACAAUGAUUUAUAUCCUCGCAUUCAUUGUUAAAUUAUCAGCUAGUUCAAUUCGGCUCGCUUAUUGCAGUUAAUUGUUUUGUAGCUCAUGCUGUUUUGUUUGGCUUCUCGCUGUUAUAAUGUUCAGCACAAUCUCGCACGUACCUAAAAUCGUUGCACAAGUUUCCUAACUAAUUCGGAUUCCUUUUUAUAAAUUUAAUAGGCAAAUCCGUAGUGAAUUCCUUCUCUUUUAAUGCAUUUACUUUUUGUUAACUCUACAUUCAUUUCGGACGUUACUGCUCUAGCAAAAGUCAUUUUUCCUAGUUUACAUUUGUCUCAGUGAUGGCUUUACCAAUCACUUAAGGUCAGAGUUAUUUGUUCGCAAAUUAUCAGUUUCCUUCCGUGGUAAACCUAAUCAGUUAUGGUCCUAAACUUUCGCCCUUUGAGGUAGAAUCCUUUUCUAUUCAUGUCACUCCGUUUGGAUAACCAUUUCCAUGAUAAUUUUCCAUAAUUCUGCAAGCGUUUCUGAUAAUAUCGUAUGCGAAUUCGUUUCUACAAAAUCGUAUGGACUAUUUUAAUUAGUUAGAAUAUUCAUAGGGAAACGACAUUUCCGUUCUAUUUUGGUUCGAAACCACAGCUAUCCCAAUCAGCUUUAUAGACUUGUUUUCACUAUAGAAGUUAGUUUCUUUCAGAUUUUUUGUAUUUUUAGUAAUAGUAUAGAUCAAUUAAUUAUUUUAGGAUACUUUCUCUAUAUUUCUGGACUAUAAUUUCAUGGUUAUGUUUAUCAGUAAAUUACUUUUAUUUACUAGUAGAAAACUAAUUUACCUCAGUUGUAUUGAAUACCAGUUAUGUAUUAUACUAGGCUAGCUAUAUUAUUAAUGAUGUAUAUAAAUCUAUAACUAUUUGCUUAUUUUGUAUUAUCUUUGUGUAAUUUAUAGGUAGACUCUAUUCUUGUUCCCGUUUAAUGUACGCUAGUGUAUGUGCCAAAGUCAGUGAUUUUAAUAAAUUUGCCUAAAGAGAAUCCUUGGAUCCUUCUUGAGUCUACGCGACCGCCGUGCCCCUCAUCCUGUUACAUUUGGUGUCAGAAGUGGGAUCCAAGUGUAAAAAUUCUUAGGCAUUUUUGUUGAAAUUAAUAAACGGGAACACUAAUAUGACGUCUAUGGGGGAUAAGCUGACCGACCUGACUGCCAAGCUUCAAAUGUUGGAGGAGCAACUGAAAGAGCAGGCACCAGCCCAGCCAGACACCACCGGAUCAGGGACAAGCUCCGCCAGUGGUACUGCACCCAUCAUCCGAGUGUCAGUACCAAGAGACCCGAGGAUCCCCAAGUACGAUGGGACCAGGAACGACCGUGUGUUGGAGGAUUCAAUGUCCGACGCACAACGGGCUGUCAAGUGUCAGGCGAACGGCGAGGUGGUGGACCACCUGGUGGUGGACCAAAUGAACAAUCCUGAGUCUUACAACUUGUUCAUAAGCCUUUAAGGAUGGACCUCACGCUAAAACUGUGAAGAGUGUGGGAAGGGGUUCCAAAGAGCAGAAAAUAUAAGGAGGAAUUAUAGAAAAAUGCACUUGUGUGUGCGUCAGUAUAGUUGUAGGAAGUGUUGGGCAACCUGCAACACGAUGGGUGCCUUCAAUAGCCACAAUGCCACACAUCCUGACUAAACUGAGUGGUGGUCACCUUUUUCUUAUCCAUCAACCCUGCCGUGUCAAGGAUGGAUAAUGCUACUGCCUAUGAACGGUACAUAUACCGAAUGUAUACUUUAAAUUUGAUCGUUUUCCUUUUUUGUGCGUGUGUGCGCGUGUAAAAAAAAAAACACUUCAACCGCACUACGAGUCACUCGUUUUCCUGAAAACACCCAAGAUCAACAAAACUGUAACGGACUCCUUUGAUAAAACAUUCCGUCGUCUCCAUGGAUGCCUUUGCCGAUAAAUUCAACACCAUCAAGGAUGGAUAAUGCUAAUGUCUAUGAACGGUACGUAUACAGUCUGUAUACUUUAAAUUUGAUCGUUUUCUUUUUGUGUGUGUCGUGUUCAAAAAUAUCCCUUUUUGUACUUAAUUGUAUGUUGAGAAUAUGCUCUAACCAGCCCCAAAAUUGUGAGACUUCUUUGUCUCCAUCCGAUCCUUAAUGGUGUCUACCUUAUUCCACAGAAUAUGGCACUCAUGGAUACUAUCCAGGGUAAGAAAAUUAGAAUCUAUCCAUUUCAUGACACCAUUAUCCAACGUUUACUUUACGCCAGUUCAUUUCUCCUUUGCCAGACAGGUUCCCAUACCUGACAUCAACACUUUGGGGAGAGUGAGCGGGACAGUGGCGGGGUUCCUGUGUAGCGACAGCCACGAUGAAAUUCUAUUUGUACCUUGUUUAACAACAGAAACAUGGCAGGCGUUUGAUAUUUUAACUGAGUUGGUGUCGUUCCCAGAUGGAGUUCGCCUAAACUUUUUCUACAACAAUAUGCCGGCCCUACUUUAUUUGGCAUACCAUCUAAAAAUACUCCAGUUCUUCCUUCUCAGAAUUUUAGAAGACCCAAUAGAGAGAUACCAGGACAUAUGGGAAACGUCACCAGCACCCUCCCAAGUCGCAGCACGUGUACUCACGGGAGGGUUAUUUGCAAACGAUAUGGGUCGCACUCCGAUCCGGAUACACAGCGCUGGCGAUUAGGAUGUGUUGUGGGCCCCUCUGCAUCGAUAAAAUAAGGGGAUGCGUAUCCCAAGACGUCUACCAGCAUUAUCUCUUCGAUGCACUUAAAUAAACCGCGACACUACACAGCACACAAAUCAUAAUUUUAUAUAUUCCCUCUUUUCUUUCCAAAAACGCCUGCCAUGAAUAACUCUAAAUUCGGAACGACUCGAUGUUCACCUUCAAAUAUUUGCUAAGCAGUCACUUCAGUACGUAAAUUGGCACCUCCAGGAUCGAUUUACACUGGACCUACAUCACAAAUCACUUGAUUUGCCAUCACCAAUGGUAAAUAAACCAAUAAGUGGCUAAAGAACUGGUUAAGGUUUACCUUAUCUAUGACUCUCGUUUGCUCAUUGGCUGAGGCCUUAUCUAAACAGAGCUAAAAGCUUUCCAUGGCUGUCAGCGUCGGAUUACCUAAGGGACGCCGUCGUAGGACCGUAUAAAAAGGGGAGCGGUAAGAAGCCGCAGUCAGAACUUGUCAACCUUCAGAUUGUUACAGGGAAGUAAAGCCCCCGCCGCUAUACUCUACUGUUACACAAUUCUCCUUUACUUUAGAUGUCACAAUACACUCCAACCAAGACGCCAACCAAGAAGAUCAACUACUUUUCCCAUUUCCCUCAUUAUUUUCUUCGCCCAUUCAAGGGGCAAGCAAGAGUAACAUUCGGCGAGUUCAGCAAAUCGCUCAAUACACGCAACUGCGAGUGGCUAUUAAGGCCAGCUGUAACGGCAUCCGCAUGCCAUGGAUAACCCCUUAGUUAUUUUUAGUCAUCUCAUUACGUCACCAAUCAAUGUAACGCUAGCGAUCACGUGACCUUAGCGUUAUAAACGCAGAAAACUUGUAAAGCCGCUAAGGCUCACAGAAAUUUGACGGGUUCACACGGGUUUAAAUUAGCGCCGCUUUAGGCCAAACUUGCUGUAAAGCUUACCAAGUUCUUGCACGCAAUAAAACCCUAGCCUUGUGGAAUUUGUGAGUACUUCAUCAAAAGUUUCCCGGAUCUCUCCGCCACGCGGAGCUGACGCCGCUACACCAGCAGUAGUUUUGUCUGAAUUCGCCCAAUGUAUUGACGAAAUAUAUGACAUAAUAACAAAGAACUCUUCGACAAACUUGACCCAAUCACAGACAAAAUCGGGCCACACUUUUUCAUAAGCCUUUAAGGAUUUAUGAUUGCACACCUGAGUUAUGGACCACACUUGUUCAUAAACCUUUAAGGAUUAGUCAGGACUCUCUAAAGUUGGCUUCAUCAACUUUCCGGGAAAGAGAUGUUCCUUCACUACCUUCCGAAAGUACUCGCCUUCUUACAGCCAACCUCCCGCUAGCCAGUGGUAGCUCUACAGUUUGUAAACACUCAAGCGGGGCAAUAAAGAACAAGAAGACGGCCAACCAUUGCUCAGCGUGUAUGAUCCCCGGCUACCCCCAAUACCAAAAAAGAACCACCCAAAAACCUCGUAACACUGGCAGAGAACCCACUGGGAAAGCUGUUGGCCACAGAAAGGAAAUGACAAAAACACAAAUCAACCGGACAUGUCAUCAGUUCAACUAACAAGAAAAAAAGCCUUGCCGAUAAAUUGAACACCAUCAAAAAUGACAUUGGUAAUAUCCACGAACAGUCUGCCCACACUGUCUGCUCUCGUGCUCGCCUUCAUUGUGUGGGUGUGUUGAUGUAGAGACACCUCCUGCAACUUCCUACUUGAGUUCACUCAAGACCACAAAAAGUUCCUGGGGACAGUCUACCCCAGGUCUCAAAAGAUGGGUAGAGCGAAAUGGGACUACAAAAAACCUGUGGAUUAUUCAAUCCAAGAGCAACCCUGUGAGGAUGUUCUUCCGUUUAAAAAUGUCUGACCCAUGCAAGUUCUUCCCUUGGUCUAAUGUUUAUCUUACCAAGCAAGCCAAGUCCACAUGGACAGUAUGAGACCAGCCAGACCCCACUUAACAACAUCAAUCAUGUGUUCAAGAUAUCACCAUGAGGCAGCAAGAAGAAACAACCUAAGAAAAGGCACCUCCAUCCAUUCUUGUGAAUACGGUGAUAAUAGAAUGAGGGAGUCUAGGCUGUCAUGAAAUAUUUUUUGUCUUUACCCCAAGCUGUACUCAAUCCUUAACACAAAAAAAUGAAAAUUCAUGCGAAGAAAAUUGUGAGAGCAACUGAGAAGUUUAUCUGACAUCAAGAUAACAAGAGCUGCCUCUUUGCAAAAGAACUACAGGUGGUGAAAAUGCAAAAGAUCACAUAUGAAAAACACCAACUAAAAUACGGACUUGGAUAAGAUCAGCUUCUCAACCUUCAAUGAUAAACAUUGAACGAUUAUUUGAAGGUUUCUGGUUCGUACGAUUCAUACGGAAUUCAUACCAUUUUCAGCCAAUAGGAGACCCAGCUCGCAUUACGUCGUUACAUCACGGCGUUGAAAAUUUCUCAUUAAUUCUCUAACCACUUCCCUGCUCUUAUCUAAGCUUUAACAUGGCUCCCAAAAUGAGGAGCAGUAAUGUUCUGCGUUAUAUUGAGAGUGCGGGACUCUCUGAGGAUCUCAGCGAGUUUGAGAGUGAGAACAUAUCGGCAGGGUCUCGCUUGGCCACCAAUAAUGAGACGGCAGUUCAUGUAGAGAGCACAGCUCGUCUAUAUGAACUCCGUCUCAUUCAGAUGGAAAAAUUCGCCGUACAAGAGAAGGACACGGCUAUUCUUUUUGGUGAAAAUAGCCGCCCAUUUAGGGCGGCUACUAUCAAGACCUUUCUCGGUAAGUGUGAAGUAUGAUGCUCUAUCGAAAUACUGUAAAUGAGACUAAAAAAGAACGGUCUAAUAACUUACGUACGUAAAGUCUCAAGACCGGCGCACAUGUUGAGGAAAAUUUCACGCAUUCACUCUGCUUACUGCCUGGCAAGGCCAAAAACGCACAUUUUAAGCAGGGGAUAAUUAUGUCACAGUUGCUUCAAGCAGGACAUAAUUUUGACACAGUUGCUUCAAACAAGAGAUAAUUUUGUCUCAGUUGUUCGUGAUACGUAACUUCGAUCGACGUCUGCACGCGUAAAAUUUUCCUCACCGUGUUCGCCGGGCUAAGUUUAAAGUUUUACUUGCCCUAAAGCCGUUCUUUCAUGAUUUUAAGUUUACCUUCUUUAGAUGAAGUAACUAUAGAUUAAACCUAUAUCCUAGAUAAACGUACUGCCCUGCUAGACCAUCCCUGUUAAUCUAGCCUAAUACCAGGAGCGCCGGAUUUUAUAGGCGGCUUUGUUGUAAAAUAAUGCGGUAAUAAGAAGUUCCUUCCAAUUUCUUACAGAUUCUACACUAACCCUACAGACCCUAGGCCAUUUAGGUCGUUUAUCAUUUGCUCCGAUACUAACUGAUUCAAGCCAGCUAAAAACUGGCUGAUAAGGGGGAGGGAGGGCUGGUGUUAAAAAGGAGAAUUAUACAAGUUUGAAAUGAGUUAUUAAGUCAUUAACAACCUCUAUUAAACUGUGUCCUGGUAUAGAAAUAUUAGGUUAGGAAACAGGAAAUGCUCAAGACUAUCGCUCAUUAUUCUUACACAUGCACUGAGGAAAGAGGUGUUAUAAAAAGGAGGUUACCGUUUUUAAAAUGUCUGUAUUCACUGAUUUAUCGAUGGUAAGCAUGCCCAAGGUGAGUGAGAGUUGAAAAACAAACGGGCAUGAGAGGAAGAAACUUAAAAGAACCUAGGUUGCCUCGAUGCUUUGUCGAAAAAUUUCAGAUAGCCGAAUAUCACAUCAUUAAGUUUGUUUUGUUUACAAACAAGGAGUACUGUAAUACCCAAAUUCAAAUUUUAAAGUGCUUUUCUUUUCAUUUCCUUGGUUUAUUUUCCCAAGCUUCUAACAAUGAAAAGCCCCCCCCAAAAAAAGAAACAGGAAUGUGCAAUAAAAAUUACUUCAAUUUAUUAUUGCAAUGUUGAAUUUGAAUUUUAUUCUGCCGAAAGGGGUGUGGCUAAGCCUUUUCAUAUAGUGCUGGUCCUAGUUCAAGGAACAUAUUACUUUUCAAAUUAUGAAGGCUUUUUUAAAUAUCCAGUUCCCCAAUUGGAUCUAUUCACAAAUCUUUUGUGUUUGUGUUGAUUUUAAAUAAUUUGAACCUUUAUAAUUUUAAAUAUUGUAAUUGCAAAAAUUUAUUCAUUUGUUUUUUUAUAUUUUAGAAUACUAAGGCGAACCGAAGGGCACCAAAAUUGGCAGUCUCGCCUGCAAGGGUCUGGCGCCACCUUCCAUAAAAGGAAUGGAAGCAGCAUUAAGAUUCUGGAUGCCGAAUUUUGGGCAUGUUGGCCCAUACAGUGAGCAAGUGAAAAGGGAUCAUGAUGGGAAAAUCGUAGACAUCAUCCCAAAAGGGAACCCUAUGGAGGAUGCUGGUGUCAAGACAUUGAUAUGUUCGCUAAAUAAAAGGAAGCGCCGACCUUCUAGAAGAGACAUGAGGGCCGGCAUGAAGCCCUAUGAGGCAAAGAAGGCGCCACCAUUCUAUCUUGAGGAUAUGCUCAAGAUGACAGAAUACUGUUUGAAGACAGUUGAGGAGUUAAUCUGUCGCUAUGGGCCAAUCCUCUUAACCCUACGUUGUGCCCUGUUAUGGCACUCAUUUCGUGGCUGCUGUUUUCUGAUGACCAAGGCCCUAUUUGAGAAGCCAUACACUACCCAUAGUAUUAGAAGGUCAGCUGCACGCUGGGCAGCCAGAUGUGGUGCUGAUGAUAGCACAAUCAAAAGGGCUGGUCGCUGGUAAGAACACUUGCCAAAAGCAGAAUGAUAUUAAUUUUGUGAUGUGAUAUGAACUUUUGUAUGAAUAUAAUAAUCAAAUAAUGUUUUUACUGG